UAGAGAACUUGUGACUUUGAUGUAACUAUAAAGUAUACAAAAUGGAAAAGCUUUAUGACAAAUGGAGCCAAUCUGGUUGGAGAAUAGAGCAGAAAUAUUGCAACAAAGUACUCAUUGGUAAUUGGUCGGAGCAAAAAUUACAAUUCACGCGAGAAUGCAAGACAGCAAACAGUACCAACAGACUGGACUUCACACCCAACUUGUUGCACAGACCAGAUGUAGUCGUGAGGAGAAUGGGUCUUCGCAGAUCGGAGGGUAUUCCCACAAGGCUUCUGUUCUCUCAUCACGGCGUCCAUGCCUCCGACUACCUGGUGACACUUUACGAUGAGUCGUAUGGGCGGCAGACCUCCGCCACUCUGCCCACACUGCGCUCUUGGCACUCUGACAAACUGGCCUGGGUCCCAGAGAGGUCAGAUCACCCCAUCCAAGGUCCCCCUACAAACUUUGGCUUGUUGGAUUCUUGGCGGGCUCAGAAGGAACACCAGCGGGCAAUAGUGCCCACACUGAGCGUGUAUAAGGCUUCAUACCCUUUACACCCCAUCAGUGCCUUCUGUCACUCUCGUUGCGUCACCACGCCCAAGAGCUUCUCCAGCAGUCAGCUCCCUGCCAACCACAGCAAUAAGAACCUGGCACUGAGUCGCAGACCCUGCAGGCAGAUCUCCAGUAAUCCAUCCAGCCCACUGUGAACCAUGCCUUGUCUCAUCACUUUUAGCUUUCCAGUAAACUCUUAAAGUAAAGGUCCCAAAAAGGUUCUUUGUCGAGCUGUAUGAUUUCAUAAAUUUACUUUACCUUCACAUGCACAAAAGAGUCCUUGUAGUGGAAAAGUUUGCUGCAGGCUAGACGGUCUCAGCAGCAGCAACAUAAACAACAUUUCCAAACUUCCACAUAGAAUCAAUGACAACAGAGUCCUUUUAGAGAGGUUCAUUUUUGAUAAUAAGGUAAAUAAAUGAUAUGGGUAAAUGAUCUUAAUUCAUAUAUCAAAUCUAACGUCACAUGUAUCAACCACUACACUGAGCUAACUCUACUGUGUAAAAUUUGUGUAUACAAUGUUAGCUAAUUCUUGCCUGCCUGCCAAACUUCUCCACAAAGCGGUGAUCCAUGCA